GCACUCACUAGCAUGCCUGGAUGGUUCAAAAAGGCGUGGUACGGGCUGGCAUCUCUACUCAGUUUCGCUUCCUUCCUGCUGAUCAUCGUCGCCUUGGCUGUGCCCCAUUGGUUAAGUGGGAAGAUCCUGUGUCAAACUGGAGUGGAUCUGGUCAAUGCCACAGACCCAGAACUGGUCAAAUUCAUCGGGGACAUUUACUAUGGGCUCUUCCGAGGUUGUAAAGUACGGCAGUGUGGGCUCGGAGGCCGCCAGUCCCAGUUUACAAUCUUCCCACAUCUGGUAAAGGAACUCAAUGCAAGCCUCCACGUCACAAUUCUGCUGCUCCUCUUCCUGGCCUUGGCCCUCGCUCUGGUCAGCAUGGGCUUUGCCAUUCUCAACAUCAUUCAGGUUCCCUACAGGGCAGUCAAUGGCCCUGGUGGCAUCUGCCUUUGGAAUGUCCUGGCAGGUGGAGUCGUGGCGCUAGCCAUCGGCAGUUUCAUGGCUGCAGUGAAAUUCCACGACCUGACAGAAAGAAUUGCCAACUUCCAGGAGAGGAUCUUCCAAUUUGUCGUGGUAGAAGAACAGUACGAAGAGUCGUUUUGGAUAUGCGUGGCAAGUGCCUCGGCCCACGCAGCAAACUUGGUUGUGGUGGCAAUCAGUCAAAUUCCCCUCCCAGAAAUCAAGACUAAAAUGGAAGAGGCCACAGUUACCCCCGAGGACAUCUUAUAUUGAUAACUGGCGCCUGCCCACGCGUUGCCCUUAAUCAGGCUGGUAUAUCAAUAGUGGCCUCUCUGUUUUCAGUCUUCUAGAUCCAUAAUGUCCCUGUUUUGGGUAGUAAAAAGAAGGCUAUGGAGGGUCUAAAGGGUGGCUGGGCCAAACAGGAACAACUCCCAAUGGCCAGGGUGCUGGUGCUUCUUUGUGAUGAGCUAGGCUGAACUGGAGACUCUGCACUUGUCAGCUCUGUAUGACUCAAGACAAUUCAUUUAUUGGCUAAUUCUCGGUUCCCUCAUCUGUCAAAGGGAAUAAUAAUGACUUCGCAGGCUUUGUUGUGAGGUUGCAAGGAUGCUGCAAGCAGGAAUCUCUGCAUACAAGGCCACAUAUACUCCAGUAAGACUCAGCUUGUUCUCUCUAGUAUUGGAGCUGAGCAAAGAAACUAUGAUCAUGUCCAUAUCCUCAAGAGGUAAUAAAGUGACACAGAAACCAGCUAGUAACAAUAACACUAAGAGUAGAAAUAAUUGUAGGUUUCUGCGGGGCCACUACUGUGCUGGACACGGGCUUAUUUGCUUAGUUGCUUGGCUUUUCUCUUUUCGCAUUUUUUUCCUGGUGGUGCCAAUCAAGUCCAGACUUUGCCUAUACUAGGCAGGCACUUUACCACUGAGCAACAGCUCCACCCAGAACACUACUCCAAAACUUUUCCUCCUAUUAUCUGCCUAAACCCUCUCCAUAGUCCCAAGUGGCCAGAGCCAUUCUAGCUCCAUUUGGCAGAUGGAAAGAUCAAGGUACAGACAAGUUAGGUAACUUGGUGAGAUGAGGAAUGAAAUCUAGCAAGUCUGGUACCAGAAUCUAUAUUAUUUUAGAUCAUAUACACUUUUUACUUCAAUUAUGACAGAAACUGCAAAGACAGAACAAAUUCCAUACAAAGUUAAGUAGCCAUACUAACAAAGCAAAGCAAAAUACUUUAAAAUUUCCCACCUCCAGACACUUGUGACAGUUAAGUAAGACGUAGAGAGAAGCAAACAGGUGAUGCCCAUUCCUACUGGAGUGGGGUCUCUUGCUCAUGCAUCCCAUCCAGCAAACUCACAUAAAUCAGAUCCAGACCAACAGUGGCCUGAAGUCAUUCAGCUUUAUGGAAGCCCCACCUCUGAGCUUCUAAGUCUUCACAAUUCUAAUGUCUUCCCUUUGUUCCCCCUAGGACUGGUAGUUCCUUCCAACACAUGCCACCUCUGGAAAAUCCCCCUAUACUUUUGAACCCUUGCUGCUGAUCUGCAGUUUGAUAUACAAGCAAGGCAAUGUAAGGAUGCUAAAAUAGCCCCAGCGCAGAGAAACAGGGAGGAAUGAAGUCUCCUGGAUGGAUUGUGGUAUCAAAGUUUCGCUGAGUUAACAUUUGAUCUGAACUGUGAAAGAUGAGGAGGCUUUUUCCGGUGGCGAGGCAUGCAGGAUUGAUAAAGAAUCCCAAGACGAAUCAGUAAUGAGGGAACACAUAGGGAAUGGAGUCCCCGGAAGGCCACGCAAGAAAGUGGUGAGAAAGAUGAAAAUGUGGCCUUCUUCGACCUGUUUUGAGUGACAUUUUCUAAGCAGUUGGUGAGAACUUGUCUACUGUAUCAACUUACAUAGGCCAUAACAGUCAAGUAGUCGGUCACUCAAAGGUUUAAAUGUUUCCUUGAAGACACUUUUUGAUAAAGUUAAUGUCUGCAUCUGACCUUUUUUAAAUUUGAGAGCAUUAUCUAACCAAUUGAAUAUCUUAAUGGAAAAAAAAACUGACCCACCAUAAAGGAGAGAGAAUUCUGCCUUUGCACUGGAUCCCCCAAGACUCCAUCCAGUCAUUGGUGUUACCUAGUGAAAGUUUCUCCUCCGUUCUCAUCUUCUCCAAAGGAGGAAUUUAAGGUAGAGAUACAGACAGUUUAAGCAGGUAUUCAGUUAGCAAAGCCGAGUGAAGCAUAUACUUCAAAGAGAGAAUGGACUAUGCAGUCCCAAAGGAGGGGCCAGUCCAGUAGGCCUAAUAUUGAAGAUAUUUAUGAAGGUUUAUAAGUACUUAUGAAAUAGAUGUCAUAAAUAUAAGGGUAAGGUGACUUUUUUUCCUCUCCUAAAUCAUGGGAAAACAAAGCUCCCUUUGCAGGGUAAUUCUUCCGUGAUACUAAACAGCUGGCAAGGAAAAGCAAGUGCUAAUGAUAUUACAAUGAGGUCAGACUUUUUUGAGCAUGCAGACUCCCUCGUUAUUGUACAUGUAUAGUGAUGGAGAAAGUGCUCAGUGGCUCAGGGUUUGGUAUAGAAGGAAGAACACAAGGUGGUAUGUGUAACCACCAAGGGAAGUUCUUACUAUUAGGAGACAGCUACCAAGAUCUGUGUACUUAGUUUCCUUGGCUCCCUUACAUCUAACUCCCUGCCUGGUCAGGGGACAAGCUACCAAGAAUCAGCUGCAACUUCCUUGAAUCCCUCACAUCUAGCUCCAUGCCUACUCUGUUCCACCAGCUGACCCUGCAGAACUUGGGCAUGUUGUCCUUGACAAUCACAUGUACUAAUUUCUAAGAAUCAGUCAAUCAAGGCCUCUCUCAGAUACCCAGAUUCCUUUCAUGGACAGUCAAAUCCUCUAUAUAAAAUGGCAUGAUGUUUGUGUAUAACCUGCUUUCUUUGUAUGUACUUAAUUACCUCCAGGCAACUUAGAACACCUAAUAAAUGUGACUACCCUGGAAACGCUUGUCAUGCUGUGUGGCUUAGGGAAUAAAAAUGAAGGGAAAAUGUGUACACGAUCAGUACAGACACAACCAUGCAGACUCAAAUCCAUUUAUGAUCUAUGACUAGCUAAACAUAUUGUUGUAGAGAGAGGUCCCGCUUGUUCUUCCUGGCCACCUGGCU